UUUUUUUUUUUACCUACUUUUCUAGGGCUUGGAUCUCCAACCCAAGGAACCGCCAUGGCGGGUAGUCCGCAGUGGAUUGAUUCCUCAGGCAGCGAUCAGGUGGAGGAAUUCUGCCGGAGUGCCAUUCGACGUCAUCUUCAGCUUCCAGUCGGGCUUUUCCCCUCACUGCCUCAAUCCCCCCCACCAGCUCGACUACCGCUAGAACGACUGCUCCUGGACAGCGUCUCACUGACUACUGGGAAUUGACCUCACCUCGCCAUCAUUGGCCGCCGUCACAGACCCCGACACCAGCAAGCCCGGCCCAGAUCUGGUCGCCGGCCGCGCACCAUGGGCAACGAACCAUCAACCAUGGUGGACGAGCAUACGCCGCCUACCGUGCUGGAGGCGCGUACGAUCGAGGCUGUGGCCAAGUAUAUUGAGCAAAGAUCGGUGCAGCGCGUAGUGGUGAUGGUAGGAGCUGGCAUCAGUACCUCCGCUGGAAUCCCCGAUUUUCGCUCUCCAGACACGGGAAUCUACUCUAACCUCGAGUGUCUGGACCUGCCGGAGCCUGAAGCGGUCUUCGACAUUGAUUUCUUCCGCGAAAAUCCCCGGCCCUUCUACGCCUUGGCCCGGGAACUGGCCCCGGGCAAAUAUCGACCCACCAUCGCACAUUCGUUUAUCAAACUACUCUACGAUAAGGGUCUGUUGAUGAAGCACUUCUCGCAGAACAUUGACUGUCUGGAGCGCCUGGCCGGGGUGCCGGGCGACAUGAUUGUCGAGGCGCACGGCAGCUUUGCGACGCAGCAUUGCAUCGAUUGCAAAGUCGAAUAUCCCGACGACCUGAUGAAAGAAGCUAUUGCUAAGGGGGAGGUACCGUACUGCGCCCAGUGCAAAGGACUGGUGAAGCCGGACAUUGUUUUCUUCGGGGAGGCGCUGCCGGCCAACUUCUUCGACAACCGGGAGCUCCCCGAACAGGCCGACCUCUGCAUCAUCAUGGGAACCAGUCUAACCGUGCAACCGUUCGCUAGUCUGCCUGUGUUCUGUCGUGAAGGAGUCCCACGAGUGUUGAUUAACAUGGAACGAGUAGGUGGGCUGGGGUCCCGACCGGACGAUGUGCUGGUCCUGGGAGACUGCGACACCGGGGUGAGGAAACUUGCGCGGGCGCUGGGCUGGGAGGAGGAGCUGGAGGAGCUGUGGGAGACGACGAAACCGGAUAAAGGAGCACAAGAGGCGGAGAAUGCACCCCUCCAGACGAGGGAGGAGCGGCUCCAGGACGAGGUGGAUCGCCUGACCGAGGAGGUGGAUCGCACGCUGGGAAUCUCCAAUGCGUACCAGCAGCGGGUGCGGCAGCAUCUGGAGCGCCAGUCCAGCAAGAACACGGAUGCUGCGGAUGAUACGAAGCGGGACGAGGAGACGGACCGCAUCGGGGGCCUCGCACAUGUCUUCCCGCAUCUGGCGCGGGUCAAGGAAGGGAAGAGAGGAUAAUCGAGAGAUCACAUGGACGGGCAGGCAUGGAAGGCCCGGGCGAGAUGGCGUUGGGUGGCUGGUUCGAGUGCUUCUGACUGGAUGCAGCCAGGGGAGCUGGACUGGUCGGGCAGCCGGUUCCUGGGGCUCCUCGGAGCUUCGCCACGGAUGGGAGAUCGGGGAGGAUGAUAAUUUGGAUAUAUACUGGGACGGAGUAUAGGGUGAUGAUACACACGAUAGCUGUGAUGAGUCUACUACUAGGGAGUCGUACGGAGUUACUGCGAGGAAAUGGACGGGGUUGGGACAAAGCCGCCCAGCAUUCCUGCACGAUUAGCCCUUGAACUGCAACCGACAGUCCCAUGUCAUAUCGUGACAGCUCAGUGCCCCGAGCCAAUAAAGGAGGGGGAUCUGGGGAAGAGUAGAAGAGUAGAAAUAGAGUCGGAGGGCGGCGAUCCGAGCAGGUCCCAAAGCAACG